ACCCAACCGGAAGCUGAACGGGGCCCGAACUCUCCCUUUCCAGAACCACAAAAAUUGAUUUUUCUUUCUCCAAAUAACUUUUCCUUUUGUUUUCCCUACGGCGAUGCGCCUGAGAUCGAAUUGAAAAUCGGCGAACGAGAAAUUGAGCGAAAAAUGGAGACGAAGAACAAGUACAGCAUCAUAGUCCCGACCUACAACGAGCGCCUCAACAUCGCCCUCCUCGUCUACCUCGUCUUCAAGCAUCUCCGGGAUGUUGACUUUGAGAUAAUCGUCGUUGACGAUGGAAGCCCCGACGGCACUCAGGAGAUUGUUGAACAGUUGCAGCAACUCUACGGUCACGAUCGCAUCCUGUUGAGAGCUAGAGCUAAGAAGCUUGGGUUAGGAACGGCUUACAUUCAUGGUUUGAAGCAUGCUUCCGGGAACUUUGUUGUGAUCAUGGACGCAGAUUUAUCACAUCACCCAAAGUAUUUGCCAAGCUUCAUCAAGAAACAGCUGGAAACUGGUGCAAGUAUAGUUACUGGAACUCGUUAUGUCAGAGGUGGCGGGGUCCAUGGAUGGAAUCUUAUGCGCAAACUAACAAGUAGAGGAGCCAAUGUUCUUGCACACACACUACUAUGGCCUGGUGUAUCAGAUUUGACUGGAUCAUUUCGGCUUUACAGGAAAACAGUGCUUGAAGAUAUCAUUAGUUCCUGUGUCAGCAAGGGCUACGUCUUUCAGAUGGAGAUGAUAGUUCGUGCUUCUAGAAAAGGAUACCAUAUCGAAGAGGUUCCAAUCAGUUUUGUUGACAGGGUAUAUGGAAUUUCAAAGCUUGGAGGAUCUGAAAUUGUCGAAUAUCUGAAAGGCCUCGCCUAUCUUCUCGUUACAACAUGAGAUGCAUAAAUUACACCUCGUAUUCACCCUUUAUCCGCUUUUGCACCCAAUAUGUAAACGCUUAAAGUUACAUUUAGCUUUUUUUCAUAAAUUCUAACUGAUUUAGAACAAUUUUGAACCGAGGGAACGAUAUAAAUUUGUUCAUAUA